CUAAGACAUUGUUUGUUCUUCGUUAAACAUAAAUGAUGCGAGUUGCAAUAAUUGGAGCUGGGGCUAGCGGACUUACAGCCAUCAAAUGUUGUCAGGACGAACGAUUUGUGCCUACGUGUUUCGAGAGGACAAACGACAUAGGAGGUCUUUGGAACUACCAGAGUGAAGUUCGGGAGGACCAGGGAAGUGUGAUGCAAUCAACGGUCAUUAACACUUCUAAGGAAACCAUGUGUUUUAGUGAUUUCCCUGUACCAAAAGAGUUCCCUGUCUUCAUGCACAACACAUACGUACAAAAAUAUCUGAAGAUGUAUGCUGAUGCACACCAGUUGCAUCGACACAUCAGAUUCAACACAGAGGUCAUUCACCUGAACCAAGCUGAUGAUUUCGAGGAUUCCGGCUGUUGGGUGAUUACUGUCCUGGACAGGAAGACUGGCAAAACGACCAAGAUGGUUUAUGACGCAGUGCUAAUUUGCACAGGUCAUCACGCAGCCCCUCAUGUCCCGGACUUCAAUGGGAUUUCUGACUUUAAAGGCGAGGUCAUGCAUUCUCGUGACUACAAAUCUCCCCUCCAUUACGAAAAUAAACGUGUCGUGGUGGUGGGCAUCGGCAAUUCUGGUGGUGACGUCGCCGUGGAACUCAGCCGUGUAGCAUCACAGGUAUAUCUCAGCACAAGACGAGGGGCAUGGGUUCUCAAUCGUGUUGGGACCAAUGGACUGCCCAUAGACUUUACUCACUCGCGGCUGGUUGUCUGGGCAAAUAACCUAUGCCCCUUGUGGAUCAAGGCGCCAAUAGCACGUUAUCGUUUGAACUCAAGAUUUGAUCAUGCCGCUUACGGAUUAAAGCCAAAACAUUCAUUCUUCGGCCAACAUCCCACGGUCAAUGAUGAUCUCCCAAAUCGUAUAGCCAGCGGAUCCAUUAUCAUCAAGACGGAUGUAAAACGUUUUACGGCGACUGGGGUAGGGUUCACCGACGAAACAUUUGCAGAUAACAUUGAUUUAAUUGUUCUAGCCACUGGAUAUGUAAUAGGAUUUCCAUUCAUGAACACGUCUGUGCUGAAUGUCCGACAAAACAAUGUAGAACUGUAUAAAUAUAUGUUCCCACCUAAUCUGAAGAAGAAGACUUUAUGUGUCAUAGGAUGUGUGCAACCUCUGGGAGCUUUGAUGCCAGUGUCAGAGUUACAGUGUCGCCUCGCAACAAGAAUAUUCAAGGGUCAUGUCCAAUUAUCGUCCAGUAAAGCGAUGAGGGAUGACAUCAGGCGGAAGCGAGAUGACAUGAGUAAAAUCUAUGUGAAGUCUUUACGUCACACAAUACAAGUAGAUUGGAUCCCGUAUAUGGACGAGCUGGCAACACUUGUCGGCUGUAAACCCAACUUACUGUACUUAUCUAUAAAAGAUCCAAAAUUGGCAUGGAAUUGUUUGGUAGGGCCAUGCACUCCUUACCAGUUCCGACUCCAUGGACCGGGAAAAUGGGAAGGAGCCAGAGAUGCUAUUUUGACUGUAAAAGAACGAACGUUAUAUCCAUUAAAAACAAGACCUCUCGGAUUUGUGCCAAAUCCAUCUCAGGUUGGCUUUGCACUGUUCUCUUAUUCAUUCAUGAUACUGUACAUCAUGUUGAUUUGGUUAUUGUUCGAAAAAUAA